AUGAACGACAGUCAAUCUCUUGACUUGCCACCAAGUCAGCUCAUGCUGUUACCCCGAGAGCUGCUCCUUUGCAUUCUUGGAUACCUCGAUGCCAGAUCCUUGACGCAGGUAGAGAAGGCCUCUCGUGAUCUGAGAGAUGCCGCGAAAGCUGCAUUCAGGGGCGUAUAUGGCCCUGGUAUCUCUCACCGCCAAGUUCAAUCAGGGUUGCCGUUUCGCGAACUUGCGAUUGAAGAACAACUAUACGGCUGCGAUGCGUUCGACACUGAGAAGGAUAUCAAAUUUCUUUUGCGAGUUAUGUAUAACCAAGUGCCAGCGCCCACAGACAACGAUAACGAUCACUUUGCCGCUUUUGUCCUUAUUAGCAUACGAAGGAGUCGGGCUAAAAGUACGCCUGCCUGGCUGGAGACUGCAGCCCUUGCCCUUAUGAUUCAGACCCGCAUCGAGGAAGCCGACGCAUACUAUGAGCGCCUCUCGGCCCUUGGGCCUUUCCCGCCGGAUGUCGCUCUCGCGCAGGCGCGGUUUGGCUCCUGCCAGCGAUUCGCCACUACCUUGCACAAUCUUGCCGAACCACCAACCGCACAUCUGCUCGCAAAAUCGGCAGUGUGCGCUGCUGUGCGGGGAGAUGUCGACUUGCUCAAGUAUCUGUGCGCAAACUUCUCGGAACAGCUGGACUGGGCGAUCGGCGACUACACCACCGCAUCUGUCGCUGCCUUUGGUGGACAUAUCAAUGUGCUGGAGUUUCUCCACAACCGCGGCGUUAACAUUGUGUCUCCAAUGCUACGGCCAUUGCCAAUUCUCACGGCAGUCAACUGUGGUCGCCAAGAGGUGGUGCGGUAUCUGCUGGAAAAGGGAGCGCCCACCUGCCACAAUGGGUUGCUGCUAGCUGCCAGCGCCAUAUCUCGAGGAUUCUUGGACAUCCUCCGCCUGAUUUCAGACGCCAGGACCCUCCCAAACGCCGACCUCGCCGGGAGACUGCUCAUCGGAUAUGCUGUAGAGUCCGAGAUUGCAGAAAGUCGGGAAGCAAUCAUCGAGUUCCUUGUCGUGGAAGCUAAGCUCGACAUUAACGCUCUCGGCGUGGGCGGUACAGCACUUCACAUUGCAGUCAAGUCUGGCAAUAUAAGGAUUGUCAAAUGUCUGCUGAGACUCGGUGCAGACCCGCUCGCCAAAGAUCUCCUUGGACAGGCUGUCUUUGAGCACGCCGUUUCCCACAAUCGGCCAGUUGCCGAAUGGUUCGCCGAGGAAUACGGAGCAUCUAUCUCUAAAUACGCGGUGCAGAAGGCUCGACUAGUCGCAGAGGUCAUGCAGUCGUGGACGCAAAACUGGAUCUACCGACUGGCCGAUUGGGUUCAGGACAGCGUCCUUGUGUCGGCGCAGGACACUAAAUUCCAAGCUGUAGGGCGUGCAUGGAGGGCCCACGGCAUGAACGGAAAGCUUUCCAGUAUAUGGUUGCGCAAUCUAUCGCUUACAGCAUUGCAAUGGUAUGUGGGCGAGUUUCGAGGCAGGGACGUGGAGAAGUCUUACCUGGAUGCCGCUGCAAUCUCUUUCGGCCUAACUCGGGUGAUUGAUUCAAGAUACGGUUUGACGACUAGAGAGCACAACAGUCCAAUCAAAGACGACGAGCUAUUACAGGCGGCCCUAACGAUCGCAACUGUUUAUCACCCCUUCGAAUCGCUCAUGCGCCGGGCGCUUGUGUCAGAGCUGCAUCAGAGAUUGCCCUCUGCGCGCAUCCGUGCACUCGGCCAAGUUCUUGCUGAUCCCGAUGCUCAGAUGUUCCUGAUGGGCCAUGCGGCAAUCGCCCGGGAGGAGGCCGAAGUAUUUACGAAACUUAUUGAUUCACAACGUUGGAGGCUCCGGGGAAAGGGAUGA